AUGGGUUUAUUUGCAUCCAAGUUGUUCAGCAACCUGUUUGGUAACAGGGAAAUGCGUAUUCUUAUGGUGGGUCUUGACGGUGCUGGUAAGACCACUGUUCUGUACAAGCUGAAGCUUGGUGAGGUGAUCACCACGAUCCCAACCAUUGGUUUCAAUGUCGAGACCGUCCAGUACAAGAACAUUUCGUUCACCGUCUGGGAUGUCGGUGGACAGGACAGAAUCAGAUCGUUGUGGAGACAUUACUACAGAAAUACCGAGGGUGUUAUCUUUGUUGUUGACUCCAACGACAGAUCGCGUAUCGGCGAGGCCAGAGAGGUCAUGCAGAGGAUGUUGAACGAGGACGAAUUGAGAAACGCCGUCUGGUUGAUUUUCGCUAACAAGCAGGAUCUGCCAGAAGCCAUGUCCGCUGCUGAAAUCACGGAAAAAUUGGGUCUACAUUCCAUCAGAAACCGCCCAUGGUUCAUCCAAGCUACGUGUGCCACGUCCGGUGAAGGUCUGUACGAAGGUUUUGGAAUGGUUGAGCAACAACUUGAAGAACCAAUCCUAAGCAGGCUGUCUGGAAACCGAAGAAAGUAA